AUGCCCCCGCCAACCGAGGUUGCUAACACCAACGGGAAUGGGAUUCUCGUGCACGGUCCACGAAGACAACUCGAGCAACGACACGUCCAAAUGAUAGCCGUUGCUGGGACUAUCGGAACGGCUUUAUUCCUUGGCUCCGGUCAGGCAAUCAGUGGUGGUGGACCCGUCGGAGCUCUUCUCGCGUACGCUUUCGUUGGUUCGGUCGCAUACGCGAGAAAUGACGUCGUUGGCCCCCGUCGCAGGUUCCUUCGCUCACUAUGGCAAGUAUGCUUCCUCCUAAAUUCCAUUCUCAAGAUUUUGAUGGUGUACACACUAGCGCAUCGGUGGGUUGAUGAGGCUACCGGCUUCGCCGUUGGAUGGAUUUAUUUCUUCACAAAUGCUGUGACCAUACCUGCUGAGAUUGCCGGUGCCCAACUUCUUCUAUCGCAGUGGACCGAAAACACUAAGCCAUACAUCGUGUUAAUACUGGGUGUUACUUGUCUGGUUAACAUAUUCGGUGUUAGAUAUUUUGGGGAAGUUGAAUUCUGGUUCAGUAUUGCGAAGUUGACCUUAAUCGCCAUCCUGAUAUUGAUAAGCAUUGUUAUUGAUCUUGGUGGUGCUCCAGAGCAUAGAAGACUAGGAUUCCAGUACUGGAAAGACCCAGGUCCGUUCACAGCGAACGUACUCCCCGGGUACAAAUUCCUAGGUAUUAUAUCUGCUGUUAUACAGGCCGCAGCAGCCUUUCAAGGAAUCGAAAUCUCCGCAAUCUCCGGGGAACAUCACCCAGUCAAACAGCACAGUACAGGCACACAGUCAACGCGUCUCCGUUCGUCAUCGGAAUGCGGAAUGCAGGGAUUCAAGCGUUCCGUGAUUUCUGUCGUUAAUGCCGGUGUGCUCAGUAGUGCGGUCUCUGCUGGGAAUUCAUUUAUGUUCUCUGCUUCUCGCAUCCUAUAUGGGCUCGCCCUUCGUGGUCAAGCACCGGCGUGUUUGGCAAAACUCAACACCCAUACGGGGACUUCCAUACCUGCUGUACUAUUCACGGCAGCCUUUGGCUUGUUAGCAUUCAUGGAUUUCAAGAACGAGACCUUUCAUCGGGCAGCUGAUCACAUGGAGUGUGAUAAACUUCACAUAUCUUCGCUUUUGUUGGUAUCUUUCCCAGCGGUGCUUGAUCUUCUCAUUCAUUUUGCAAAAGACAGGGGCAUGGCAGUACAAAAAUUUCCCAGAGAGCAUUUGGAAUAUUGGAAUAGAUUCCAACCAUGGCUCGCUAUGUGGGGAUUGUUUUGGUGUAUCGUUUUCCUUCUUCUUAGUGGUUACCCCGUCUUCCUGCACUUCUACCAGGCAGACCAGCCAUUCAUCACUAGCUAUCUGAUCCCACCUAUCUUCCUCCUUGGUCUCAUCGGCUGGAGACAUUUGUAUCAAACUCAGAUGAUUUCAGCGGCUGAAAUGGAUUUUGUAAACAAUAUACCCUCAAAGGACGAAACUGAAGUUCCCGAGGAAGUGCCUAGCGGCUUCUGGGCGAGGCUUGCUUAUCGUCUCGUCUGA